AUGGCGGGUGCAGCUCCUAUCGACAUCGCCACCCGGAACUCGACCUCGGUCUCACCACCUGGGCAACAAGCAUCGAAUCUCACGUCGGCAUUGCAAAAGGCUGGCACAGUGGAGGACUCGGGGGGGUUCAAGGCGCCGCCGCCUCGCAAGGACUCGAUUGGCGCUGCCACAGCACAAUGGGGAAAUGGAACGAAGCCCAUUUCAAUGUCGGGGUCUAACCGCGACAAAGGUCGGCGAGAAUCCCUCGCAGGUAGUUUAGUGGGCGGUAUGAGCUGGGGUGGUGUGUCUGUCGGAAGUUGGAUACGCGAUGACAUUAUUAUGACCGGCACCUCACCAUUUACCUUCCAGUCGCCUUCGUUUCAUUCAUCCUCAUAUCUGCCGAAGCUGGAGGCCAACUUCAUGCGAGACUUUUCGUGCUGCGGUGUGACGUUACCGACACUCCAUGACCUAUUACAACACUACGAAGAAGCCCAUGCGACCAAGUCGCCCAACCAAGGGCAUCGUCCAAGCCAGGGUGAAAAUCGGGCUGCCUUGGCCGCGGCCGCGAUCGCACAGCAACAGAACCAACAGCAUGGCAACCAAGGGCGCGGAUUACAGCCCGACCGAACCCUGGACAUGCAGCGUAAAAUGGGCCAGAACUCGUCCAUUAUCCAGCACGCGGAUUUAGACACGAUCGACGACAUGGAGUUGGACGAGCCUAUGGGAGAUGAUGAUGGCACAACCUCGCAGCUCUUCUCCCCCCAGUUACGCGAAGGUGGCCAGGGGGGAUUCGGCAGCUCCAACCAGGGCCCGCAAUUAAAUUUGGGCAUGCUUCCAAGUCACCAAGGCUUCAGCACACCCUCGCAGCCCGGAACGCCGAUCGGAUCUGGACGCCCGCUCUCCCUGCAAAAUAAUCCUACUGUGUCCUCCGUCAACACCCCCACUUUAAUGGCAAAUCCUCUCCAAACUUCACAAUUUCGAAAUACUCCCGAUUCAUCAGCACCUGGAACACCCGCGGAAAUCGACGAAAGCAUGAUGGGCGGUUUUGGCGAUCUCAAUAUGCAGCACAACAUGGGUCAGAAUCAAAGCCAGUAUGGACGGUUUACCGGAAAUAACGAUAUGGUUGACUUAUGUAUCGACGAGCCGGCCAAGCGACUUUUUAGCCCUAACGGAGGCAUGGGGACCCCGAAUGCCCACUUCAAACUCAGCGGAGCCCAAUAUGGCCCCAAUAGCGACAUUGCACGCCGGAUUCGUGAACAGCAGCUCCUGGCGGGCGUCCCGGAUACCACUUCAAUCCUUCCGAACGAGGAGCCAAAGCCGUUCCGUUGCCCUGUCAUUGGUUGUGAGAAGGCCUAUAAGAACCAAAAUGGACUCAAAUACCACAAGGCUCAUGGCCAUAAUAAUCAACAACUUCACGACAACGCAGACGGAACAUUCUCAAUCGUCAACCCGGAAACAUCAGCACCUUACCCUGGAACCCUAGGCAUGGAGAAAGAAAAGCCUUAUCGCUGUGAAGUGUGUGGUAAGCGGUAUAAGAACCUCAACGGUCUUAAAUAUCACAAAUCACACUCUCCACCAUGCAACCCUGAUUUCCAGAUUGCAGCAGGUCGCAAUCUGAAUCUCGGCGGUGGAGUCAUGCAGGGACAGAACAUCAACGUCGCUGGAGCUGGACUCCCCGGAAUUGGCGAAGAAGGCCUCCUGUGA